CAGUUCUAUUUUUGCCUUCAGGUUACAUGAGAGCUGGGACCUGAGCUCUGGGCAUGAGUCAGUGGGAAACUUGACCUUGUACCCUGCCCUGGGCAGGGCCAGAAGGCUGGGAAGGCCCCAGCCUCAGGGUUCACAUCACGCCUGCUAAGGCCCAGUGCUUCUCACACAGGAGGAGCCCCAGCCUGCAGGACAGGCUAUGGCCGGCCAGACCUCAGGCACAUGGACAUGGGGUGGCAGGUGCCUGGCAUCAGGCUGCUCCUUGGCUCUGCCAGCUCUCUCCUUGUCUCCUGCCUGCCCCUGAGGCAGGUUGGUUGCUUGCUCCAGGUGCUCACAGCAUCCUCUGCUUCCUCCAUCAGGACUCCACAUGCCUUGUAUUAUAGCCUCUUGUUUACCUGUCUGCCUCCCACCAGACAGGAGCUCUGAGAGGGCAUGGCCUGGUUUUGAGGCAGCUCCAUGUCCCCAGCACAUAGCCUGGGGCCUGGCCCAGGUAAGGUACCCCUUAAAUGGUGGAUUUAUUAAUGGUCUGAUGGCAGAAUUGGCAGGCUGGUUAAACUCCUUGGCUCAGGGUGCUAAGGAGGGAGCUUAGGAGGCUGGAGGCCCCACCAACAGAGAUGGGAGCCCAGCAGAGGUGGGGAGGAACAGACUAGAGAUAAGGGGUGAGAUGGGUUUUGGACAAGAGGAGGUUUCUACUGCCAGACUUUCCAGGAAAGUCAUCAGGGCCAAAUUUAGACUAGAGUGUGAAUGGCUGACACCAGCUCCUUCCCUGAGGGCAGACUCCAUGGGAGCAGAGGAUGAAAGUCCAGAAAGAGGAGUGCCCAGCAGCCACGGGCAGGUCCAGCAGUUUCUCUCCUUCCUGGGCCAGUUGUGGACCUGGGGGGCUACACGGGGAGAGGAGUGAUGCCACCUUCCCACUCACAGAAAGGCUGGGAAGUGGGGUGCCAGUGUGCUGAGACUUGUCCUCAGCUACAUCCACCUGCAUGAGGGAACAGCCUGACCCUGCCCGCUGAGCUCUCAGGCUGGUGAGGAGAAGUAGAGAUCACAAGGCAGGGGAGAAGUGCUGGAGCCAAGGUGGGCAUAGCUGUGGUUGGGUGGCUACUUCUAGGGGAAACCAGAGAAGGCUGCCUGGGGGAGGAGGCAGGCAGUGCUGGUGACAAUAAUGUAAUAAUAGUGGCGAACACUUGCUGAGCCCUCACUGUGUGCCCACACCAUGCCCAGCUCUUCAUACAGCCAGAGUAGGAAAGGGCGUUCUGGGAGGGGGAAGCAGGGCUUGCCAGGGCACGGGUGUCAGCCAGCUGGGGCAGCAUGUGGGGGAUGGUGACAGCUGCCGUGGCCAGCAGUUGCUGCUGGGCUCCAGGCCCUGCGCUCAGCACCUCACAGGCCCCCGUGAGGGGCAUGUUGUCACCUUGCCCAUGCUCCCACAAGAGGACAGGCAUAGAGAGAGGGCGGCUUGUGUCAUAUCACACAGCUCGUGACGGAGCAGAGACGGGAUAAGCCAGAAGCCAGCGGAAUGGGGUCUAGAGAACAUUUGUCCACAGGUGACUGAAGCUUGGCGUGUUCAGAUGCUGAAACAAAAGUGUCUUUGGAGGAAGAGAAGUUGUUUGUUUUUUGUUUGUUUUUGGCCACACGUGUGGCAUGUGGGAUCUUAGUUCCCCAACCCCACGCCCCCUGCAUUGGGAGCACAGAGGCUUAACUGCUGGACCGCCAGGGAAGUCCCAGGAGAGGUUGAAAUGCAGGGUUUGGUGGGAGCUGGCAGAGGAGGGGUCGCUGAGGAGGCAGUAUGACAGACUGGCAUUUUGGGGCCCCGGGUGGGUGGCCUCUGGCAGAGGAUCCCUGCUCUUUCCCUGGACUGCAGCAGAGGGAGGCAGAGGGCUGGGUGGGAUGCAGAACAGGAGCAAGUGGCAGGGGGAGGAAGUUAGGACCUUCCUGCCUGGCUGCCUCUCAGAGGGUGAAAUUUGCCAAAGGUGAAGUUCACCUGAAAUCCUAAACACCUUCCAGUGAUCGCACCUUUAACAGGCAGGCCACAGGCAGCUCGUAAUGGUGCUAAAUUUGGAGCGGACGAACAGGAGGCAUUCCAGUUAUCUGUUCAUUUCUAGAAAUGCUUGACAGAAGGACUGUUGCCUAGAGAACAAAGCCAAAACAUCAGAAUGAAAUGGAGGGAGAAAUAAGAUUUCCUAUUCUAAGCAUAGCCUAUGAGUAAGCGCCUCUGUGGGUCUUUGGAAAGUGUGUGUCAGAAAAUGCAUAGAGGCUCAGAGAGCCCUGGGAGGGGAUGGGGAGCCAUGACUCAUCUCUCUCCACAGAAACUGUCUCGUUGCCUUCAUGCAAGUACUAUCAUUUCAUCUGAGCCGGGUGUGAUUCUAUGAUGGGCACCACUGGUUUUGUGAACCAGCUGGGUGGUAAUAUGAAUACACACACACAGGCACACAUGUGCAAGGUGGUAGGAUCCCCUCUUCCCUCGCAAAGACUAAGGUUUCCUCUGUGUCCUGGAUUCAUCUUGACAAGCCCCAGCGUUGGUAGCAAAAGAUGCUGAUUAUCAGCGAUAAACAGUGAGUGACAGCCGGGAGCAAACAGUGACCUUGUUGUUCCCUGUAUCCCAAUGGUCAUAAGUGAUCGAACAUUUGAUUCAAACGGUUUUUAUUAUUUCAAACUCUCUAUCUUUUUUAAGCUAAAGGCCACAUAGCUAGUAAGUGACAGAACUGGCCUGCUGGUGGCCUGUCCCUACUCUGGCAUGGGAGCUGCACUGUGGGGCUGAGGGUGCGAGAAGGGCUGAAUCCAAGAAAGCUGGGUCGGGCCGCUUGGUUCAGGGCCUUCAAAGUUGGUUAAGAGCCCAGGAUGUUUUUCUCCAGGGCCUGGGGAGCCCCUGAAGAAUUUUUUUUUUCACGGUUAUUGAUCAGUGGGACAUCACAAGCAGAUUAUUGUUUCAGCCUGUGGGAGGAGUAGGUGAUAACGCUUAUUUGUUUUAUCUUUUUACAUUUACUGAGCACUUACCUUCUAAGGGCUUUGUGUACAUUAUCUAUUUUAAUCUUUACAACAACCCUGCAUGUUUAAGGUUUUAUUAUCCUCCGAUUUUGCAGGUGAGGAAACCUAGGCCUGUAGAGGUUAAGUGCCUGGUCACAGGUAGUCAGGAGCGGACCCGGGUCACCACUCAGGCAGUCUGACUCUGGUUUCGUGACCUUCUCGUUACAGAGCCGUAGCCACUAAUUCCGCCUGAGGGGUUGGGGCAGGCAGGCUUCCUGGAGGAUGGGCCGAGGAGGAGGUUGUGCCGGGUUGGCCUCGUGGGGGUUGUCUCGCGCCGGGUGCUGAUGGCUGCUGUCCUGGUUGCAGGUGCCCUGCUGCAGGAGGAGAGGCUGGAUGCGGUGACCCUGCUGUAUGCCACCUCGCUGCCCAGCUUCUGCCUGCUGGCAGGCGCGGCCCUGGUGCUGGAGGCUGGCGUGGCACCGCCGCCCGCCCCCACCGACUCCCGCCUCUGGGCCUGUAUCCUGCUCAGCUGCCUCCUGUCUGUGCUCUACAACCUGGCCAGCUUCUCCCUGCUGGCCCUCACCUCGGCCCUCACUGUCCACGUCCUGGGCAACCUCACUGUCGUGGGCAACCUCAUCCUUUCCCGGCUCCUGUUUGGCAGCCGCCUCAGCACCCUCAGCUAUGUGGGCAUUGCGCUCACCCUUUCAGGAAUGUUCCUUUACCACAACUGCGAGUUCGUGGCUUCUUGGGCUGCCCGCCGGGGCUUCUGGCGGAGAGACCAGCUUGGCAAGGGUCUCUGAGACCUGAGGGAGCACAGGGACCACGCGGGACUGCCUCAGCCUGAAUCCAGCCUUGGCCCGUGGCCAUGGGAAAACGGGGAGAGUGGGCAGCCUCUGGGGCUGUCGGGGGAGAUGGGUCUUCCUGCAGGGCCACCUUGGAGGCUGGAAUGGGGACUCCCAGAGAGACCCACCUCCUGUCCCUGCCUGCCUCUCCUCAUCACAGACCCCACUCACCACUGGAUGGUGGGUCCAAGCCCGGCACAGUCACUGUGCUUGUCAGAGUAAUUAUUACGAUUAGUAUCAACUACUACGCCGAAAACUGCUGGCCAAACUUUUGAAAACCUCACCAUGUUCUAAUGAUGAAGAUGAUGAUGAUGGUGAUGAUGAUGAUGAUGAUUCUUGGGGGGUCGCACAAUCCUUCCUCCAAGAAAUUGGGGAGGCAGCUAGGAGGCCCAGGGAAGGGCUUCUUUGCUGCUGGGCUUCCCUAGGGAGUUGGGGUCGUCUGUGCCAACUCCAGGCAGCUGCUGUGGCCUCAGCCCUGGGCCCCCCAAUUUUGGGUCUUCCGUCCUCAAAUAAACUAUUUUUGCUUGUA